GAUCUUUUGUCAUUUCCCUUUCCUCGUUAAAUUUCUCGAUGUCGAUGUUUGAAUAUUGAAUUUGAACCGUAGGCUCAGCGCUAAUUCCAAUGUAGUUAAUUUGGCGCUGGAGUACACCUUGACCACUCUUUGACUUGCACCUGGACGUAUCUUAUAUAAAGACUUCUGGGAUUGCACCGUUAUGGCUGCAGCCGUGGAUGAAUCGACACCAGACGAAUCAAUCAUCCAUGACAUGCGUAUAACCCAACACGGGAAGAUGAAUGCAUGGGUAGAGUUUGCCCUCGAUUUCCUCCAUCAAAAUCCAGAAACCGGUAUAACGCUGCACACAUUACCUGCACCAAAAAGGCAGACUCCUACCGAGCCAGCGGUUGAGCAACCUCCUGAACCAAAGGAUAGUUCGCAGGCCAAACCGGAUCGCAUGCCUCCAUCCAUGUCGACCAUUCCUCGAUUGAUCUCAGUGGCCGAGAUCAUCAAGAGAGAAUACCUGAAGACUCUGAGCUCAGAUGAUGCGCAGGAGGGCGUGUUGACUGGCUUGCACCAAUACAACGUAAUCGGUACGCUACCAGAUGAAUCUCCGGCAGGGGCAGAGGAUCCAGAGGCAGAGAGGUUACAAGCAAUAUCCGCAGCCUUGACGGGCAAGAAUCAUUUGAAACAACCGCGAAUAGCUUAUAUGAAGAUCACUCUUAGUCGUAAAUGCAUUCCUGAGCUGCGAAGUAAAGGAGCCAGCUACCAAGAACCAGCUUUGCGAAGACUGUCGAAGUCAGCUCGGACGCGCUCUCGGCGCAGACGAAAGAACCAAGCUACGACUGAAGACGCUGAGCCAUCAUGAAUCAUUCCUGUAUCGUACAUAUGAAGCCUAAAUUACUCGUUCUCCGCCGUUGUACUAUCAUUGGAUUUAAUAUGACUUUACGUUCUCGUCCCUCUUGUUAUCUAGUUGUCAUUGAGCAA